AUGAAGAACAACAGUGGCCUAGACGAUGUCAAAAUGGCAGGUGUGAAAGUGCGAAAUCCAACUACUGGUUUUAACAGCACAUACAUAGCAAAGAACCACGACAUACCGACCAGUUUCACAACAGCUGAUGUUGGAAGUCAUAAAAGUGGCAGCGUAAAUGGAUCUUCACCAGGUGCGGCAUUCACAUUGAGAGGUACACCAAUUUUAGGGAAUUCUACCACUGUCUCAUCUAAUAACAAUAACAAGCAUAUCACAGGCACACGCCAAUCACCUUCUUCUAAGCUAAACAACAAUAACCAUUAUAUGCAAGCUAUGACUACUCAACACCUGCUUCAUCAACAAUUAAAGACAAAACAAAAUUUUCAAAUGCAGGAAAACUCAGCACAAGAGGCGAUGAAGAGACAACUGAACGAGGGGCAAGGACAAGGACAAUAUGUUCCAUCUUCUUCAGUCUCGAAUAAAAGUCAAACGGCACAAGCUGAACCUCCACAGCCACGUUCUUCCGACACACCAGCAUCCUUUGAAAUUGAAACCAAAGAUUCUCCGGAUUAUGAAUCAUAUGAAAGUGGAACCACUAUACCGUUAAACAUUAGUCUUGCUAGUACACAUCCAGGUGAAAAUAAUUCUCUCAAGUCGAAUCCUACAUCUAGUAAGGAGGUCGCAGAUAAGACCACUGAAAGUAACAGUAAUUUUAACACUGGCGCUUUUGCGAGCGAUAUCAAGAUGAAGAAUAGGGAAACGAACAAAAGUCAUAGUAAUAAAACAUCCACUUCUGUAAGUGCUCAUAGUACUCCCUUAGAUAAUGGCAAGGAGUCGAAUAAGAACUUUAAGGAUUUAGGUAAGCCAAGUAGAAAUAAUACUAACAUAGGUUCUGAUUCUAGCCAAGGUAACGGAAGUGAGAGACUGCCACUGAACAUGGAUCCCGCAAAACAACGAUACUUCUUAUUUCAACAACAACAACAGCAAAUGAAUAAAACACUUUCUUUCAUUCAUUCCUAUAGAGUUAGGAAAUACAUAGCUAAUAUGGCAAAUCUGCGCCUCUAUGAACUUGUAGGCAUACUGAAUCGAUCUGCUGGUCAAAUCGGAAACCCAGAAUAUUGGAACAAAUUUGUCAGUGAUGUAUUUGUAUCAAAUGGUCUAAUAAACUUCUCAAGAAAGCUUGACAAUAACUUCAAGCAAUUUCAAUUCUAUUCGGCUCUUUUACCAAUGUUUGCAAUAGCAUCUGCAGAGCUUGGCCUUGUAAGGAUUGAAACUGUCAUUCAACAACUUAUUACUCAAGUUUUGAGUAACGGAACAAUUUUCUUUAACUGUCCUCGAUGUACAUUCACAUAUCAUUAUUCAGAUGGUAGCUAUGUCACACAUUUUACACAACUUAAAGGCAUCUUCAACAGAAAUUUCAAGAUUGAGUGGAUUGACGUGUGUUUGCACAGCUUUGUUCCCGGUGUGGAAUGGAGUUUUCUUGAAGCACUGGUCAGUGACUCUAAUAGAAGUAAGGAAAUAUUUGAGAAAUUGUCUCAGGAUAAGAACCAAACUGAUGAGGAGAUAAAGAGUGGCAGAUCACAGAAUAAUUUUGAUGCGAUCAUGAAACUCAGGUCAUAUUUUAAAGUUUUCAAAAACCUGUCCAUAUUUGGAAUUCCUGAUGAUAUAAUAAGAAAGAUGCAAAUGGGACAUGUUAUGUCGACUUUAAAAAAUGUCAUGAUUUAUGAUAAACAACAAGCACUACAAAAUGGUUUAGACGGCAAAAGAAACCCCUUUGACUCAUACGUCAGUUAUGUGGAAGAAAAAUAUAAACCUGGCCCAGAAGGCAAGGAUUUUGAGGCAUCCGAGAUGCAAAGUAAUAGUGGUACACCAACUGCUAAUGAUACUACUACCAGAAAGAGGCCAUACCCUCCAGAUGGCACUUCCAAUACACAUGAUCAAAUCCAUUCCUCGACACCUAGCUCUGCAGAAAUAUUGGCCUCUAUUGAUAUCGACGCCAAAAGGAGAAGGCACAGUGGCAUAUCUCCAAGAUCUACAGACAGUUAG